AUGUCGCGGACCCCCUGCAAUGCCGUCGCGGACCACCAGCGGGCCACGGACCCGCGGUUGAAAACCCCUGUUGUCCAGGCCCAUCAAUCAGAGAAGCAGAUCAAGAAGGAGUUUAAGAAGCUUCAUCAGUCUCUAAAAAAUGAAGAGGAGGCCAGAAUAAGGGCAGUAAAGAAGGAAGAGAAGCAGAAGAGUUUUAUUAUGAAAGAGAAGAUUGAAGAAUUGAGCAAGGAGUUGUCCACUCUUUCAGAUACAAUAACAGCCAUUGAAAAGCAGAUGGUGGCUGAAGAUAUAGUCUUCUUACAGAACUUCAAGGCCACCAUAGAAAGUUCUACGUGCACACUGAAAAAACCACAGAGAGUUUCGGGAGCUCUGAUUGAUGUGGCAAAGCACCUUGGCAACCUGAGGUUCAGAGUCUGGGAGAAGAUGAAGGACAUGGUUCAGUUCACUCCUGUAGUGUUGGACCCAAACACUGCACACCCAUCGCUCAUCAUUUCUGAGGAUCUGACCAGCUUUGAAAUGACAAAUUCUACACAAACACUCCCCAAUAAUCCGGAAAGAUUGGAUUUCUAUGAAUUGGUCCUGGGCUCUGAGGGCUUCAACUCAGGGUCACACUACUGGGAUGUUGAAGUUGGAGACAGUACAUACUGGUAUGUGGGUGUGACCACAGAGUCCAGCCAGAGGAAGAAGGGCACCUUCUCAUGGGAGAGAGUGUGGUGUGUGGGGUAUAAUGAACUUGGAUUGAAUUUUAUAGGACCUGUGCAUGUAUUGAAACAGAACCUCCAUACACUCAGAGUGCAUUUGGAUUUGGAUAAAGGGCAGCUGUCAUUCUAUGAUCCUCUACAAAAUACACACUUACAAACUUUCAAACACACAUUCACUGAGAAAGUCUAUCCCUUCUUCUACAGCCACAAUUCACCACUCAGUAUUUUACCACUGAAGCCCUCGGUGACCAUUGAACCACGCAGACUAGGUUGAAACAAACUCCGAAAUGUGCCAUUGAGUAAAAAAACACAACACAAUUCAUUGGUCUUUAUUCAAAUCAAUACAA